GCUGUAGCCCGAAAGAUCAUUGACGCAUUCGGUGAAAGAACGACUACCGAUUGUACCGAACGCAAUAGGUAUAAACGCUUCGAGGACGGAGAGGCGCACGUGGAAGAUCGACAUCGUAGUGGAGGUCCUUCAGUGCUCCAAGAUUCGGAAAUGCUCGCCGCCAGUGAAGAAGAGCCAUAUCCCAAAGUAUGGCGUUUGGCAAGCAGGUUUGGGUGCACUUAUACGACGGUUGCAAACCGCCUCCACGCUCUCGGAUGCCGAGAGGUUUCGAUGAAAUGGAUAUCUAAUCAGUUGACCGACGGCCCGCAUAGCAAGGAGCUUCCUGAGGACCUGAUUACUGGGUCUGAGAUCCUCAACGAUGCCUUAUCCAUCGUGUUGUUUGGC